UUUACAUUCAACACACACCUUAAACUACUUUGAUAACCUAUCAAAACAACAAGAACAAAAACACAUACACUUGUUGUUUUUUACUAUAAUCUAUUUUUUCCAAUGGCCUCAGAAAACAAAAUCCUGAUCCUUGGAGCAACAGGAGCAAUAGGAAGACACAUAGUUUGGGCAAGUAUUAAAGCAGGAAAUCCAACCUAUGCUUUGGUUAGGAAAACAUCUGACAAUGUUAACAAACCAAAGUUAACCGAAGCUGCUAAUCCUGAAACCAAGGAAGAGCUUCUUAAGAAUUAUCAAGCUUCUGGAGUUAUUCUACUUGAAGGUGAUAUCAAUGAUCAUGAAACUCUUGUUAACGCAAUCAAGCAAGUUGAUACUGUGAUCUGUGCGGCGGGUAGACUACUAAUUGAGGAUCAAGUUAAGGUUAUUAAAGCAAUUAAAGAAGCUGGAAACGUAAAGAGAUUCUUCCCAUCUGAGUUUGGACUAGAUGUGGAUCGUCACGAUGCGGUUGAGCCUGUGAGACAAGUUUUUGAAGAAAAGGCAAGUAUUAGAAGAGUAGUCGAAUCCGAAGGAGUUCCUUACACUUAUCUUUGUUGUCAUGCCUUUACGGGUUACUUCUUACGUAACUUGGCUCAAAUCGACGCCACUGAUCCUCCUCGCGACAAAGUUGUCAUUCUUGGAGAUGGAAACGUGAGAGGAGCAUAUGUGACUGAGGCUGAUGUCGGGACUUAUACCAUCAGAGCAGCAAAUGAUCCCAACACACUGAACAAAGCUGUCCACAUAAGACUCCCUAACAAUUAUUUGACAGCAAAUGAGGUUAUUGCUCUAUGGGAGAAAAAGAUCGGAAAAACUCUUGAGAAAACAUAUGUUUCAGAGGAACAAGUUCUUAAAGACAUUCAAACAUCUUCAUUCCCUCAUAACUAUCUUUUGGCGUUGUACCAUUCGCAACAAAUAAAGGGAGAUGCAGUGUAUGAGAUUGACCCUGCCAAAGAUGUUGAAGCUUAUGAUGCUUAUCCUGAUGUGAAAUACACCACUGCUGAUGAAUAUCUGAAUCAAUUUGUCUGAGGGAUCUUCAAUGAGACAAAGAUCUUUUUCUUUUUAAUAAUUUCACAGGCUUUGUGCCAUUUCCAUUGUACUAUGUUGUGUUUGUUUUGUCUUGUUCUCAAUAAUGCAUCCCAAUUGAUGUAAUACUUUACAGAAAUAAUAAAAUUGUUUUUUGUUC